AUGUUUCACCGCCUGACAUGCCUGCUCCUCAUGAAUAAUGCAGGCUGGAUGGGUCCCCCGUUCUCCUCUUAUCAUGAAGCCGAGGGCUCCGAUUUGUCACACUCUCCAAAAAAACGAGGCAUGCUUCUACCAUGCCCUCGCACACACACACACACACAUUCACUCACAAGUACUCCUGCACCAACUCUGAACCUGGUAAAUAAGGUAAAAUUUGCUGUUUUACUCUCACUCAGUCUCCCACAUACAGAGGAAGAGAGGAACAUUUGGGAGAUACGAGUGUUUUUGAGUCAUGCAGGAGUUUUGUUGUGA